GGUCGCUAACGUUGUACAAUCAUGAAUAUUUACGCCUUGAGUGUGUUAUUGUUUGUGAAUAUUAGUGUUACACAUUCGUGGGGCAGAGGCGACUCGGGACAGUAUGGACCUUUUCAUCAAGCGCUGUACUCCAAAUAUAUAAAAUGCAACCACGACAAAUACAGCAAUUUAGACGUCAGCUUGGUCAACGUCUAUUUCUACGACUUCAGCGCAAACGAAGUCACCAUCUUCCCGAUCGCCCAGGCGGCCGAUGGCAUCCUCAGUUACAAAGACCUCGACAUCAUGAGACGCUUCGUCAUUUUCGUGGCCGGCUUCAAGUCCAACAUAAACAAGACCAACCAACAACGCGUCAGAGACGCUUUCAGUGGCCUCCCGAACAGCUACCUCAUCGUACUUGACCAUAAUCAUUACACCAACGAUAAGCCAGGAUACUUAAAAGGCUACGAAAGAGCUAUCCAAUUUGUAUACUAUAUAGGGAAGGCGUUAGGAGAAAUGCUAGCUGAUUUAAGAAGGGGAGGCAUAUCAGCUCAAAGCAUGCACUGUAUAGGACACAGCUUAGGUGGACAAAUGCUUGCUUACACAGGACAGACCUUCACCGAAUUAACUGGACUAAAGUUAUGGAGGAUAACUGCUCUAGACCCUGCCGGACCUUGCUUCGCAAACAGUGCAGUUGAAGACCAAAUCAGGUCCGGACUGGCUGAAUACGUCGAGGUAUACCAUUGUAAUGCUGGUGGCUUGGGGUCUUCGAGCAUUUUGGCUGAUAUAGACUUCUUUUUGAACAAAAAUGGUGCGACCCAGCCGGAUUGUGAGAUACCUUUAAUACCAGAUUUCUUUGUGUCUCCAAAAUCGGCGAAAUGCAGUCAUAAGUUAUGUGUAACGAUGUAUACGGCAACAGUGAGGCAUCCUGACUGGUUCUUGGCGUGGAAGUGCGAUUCGUAUAAAGCGUUUAGGAAGCUUGAAUGCCAACACGGUGAGCCCACUAUAGCCGGCUUCUGGAACCCUGGUAAUGCAACUGGCGUUUACUACUUCACUACGGAAGGGCAUGAUCUGUAUUUAUAAAACUAAAUACUAUAUAGGUGAUCUCAUUAUUAUCAUACAUAUUACGAAUAGUUAGAAUGUAAGCAAUACAAAAUACUAGAUUUUUAUGUACAUACGAGUAUGUUAUAUCAAGAAGAACAAAUGUGGACCUUUACAUACACAUUAUUUUCAAACGUUUCCUUAACAUUAGGUAAGAGCAAACAUCACACAUUACCUAAUUAAUACUAAGAAGAAGGGGGGCGUGUACUUCAUGUUUGACGACAGGGGGCGUGCUUAAAAAGACUUUGGGACCCCCUGCUUUAGUAUUAGUUAUAUAGGUAUCAAAUACAUAAUAUGUAACUCCGUAUAGACAGAUAGUCUAAGAAAAAACGUACCUCAGAACCAUAAAGAAAAAGGUACGGUGGCCUAGAUGGUGUUACACCUU